UUCCCUUUUGAAGGACAGAUUUUAUACUCUAUUUCUGAUUUGUUAAUAAGAAACAAAAACCCAAUUCAGACAGACAGCAAUGAUUGGCGUUCCUUUAUUAUUAACUUUAUGAUUUAUCUACGCCAUUUCCUUAUCACAGCCUUUAAUCUAGCAAUAUCACAGUCUCCCAACCAUGGCAGCAGCGCCUCCGAUCAAAUUCGGCAUCCUGGGCUGCGCCGACAUAGCUCGGAAGGUGUCCCGCGCGAUAACCCUCUCCCCCAAUUCCACCCUCCAUGCCGUCGGCAGCCGCUCCCACGAAAAGGCGGCCAAAUUCGCCGCCGAGAACGGGUUCCCGGACUCCGCGAAGGUGUACGGAUCGUACGAGGCCGUGCUGGAUGAUCCGGAGGUGGACGCCGUGUACGUGCCGCUGCCGACGAGCCUUCACAUCAAGUGGGCCGUGCUCGCCGCCCAGAAGAAGAAGCACCUGCUCCUGGAGAAGCCCGUCGCGCUCAACGCCACCGAGUUCGAUCAGAUUCUCGCCGCCUGCGAAUCCAGUGGGGUGCAGUUCAUGGACGGCACCAUGUGGAUGCACCACCCUAGGACCGCCAAGAUGAAGGACUUCCUCUACGAUUCCUCGCAGUUCGGCCUCCUCAAAACAGUGCAUUGCUGCUUCACCUUUGCUGCCGAGAAAGAUUUCCUAGAGAAUGACAUCCGUGUGAAGCCAGAUCUCGAUGCUCUUGGUGCACUCGGUGAUGUAGGCUGGUACUGCACCAGGUCGAUCUUGUGGGCUGCCGAUUUUGAGCUGCCCAAAACAGCACUUGCAUUGCGUGGCACUGUCAAAAACAGUGCAGGAGUCAUUCUAGCUUGCAGCGUUUUUCUGCAAUGGGAAGAUGGAAAGACGGCCACCUUCCACUGCUCUUUCUUGGCCAAUUUGACAAUGGAUUUAACCAUCGUUGGAACUAAUGGCACUUUGAAGUUUCAAGACUUUGUAAUCCCGUUCGAGGAGCACAAGGCUUCAUUCUCCACAGCUGUGAAAUCUGGUUUCACCGAGCUUGUAACCGGAUGGGAUCCAAAGCCGAGUGAGCACACUGUUAUGACCGACCUUCCGCAGGAAGUUCUCAUGUUGAAGGAGUUCUCAAGACUGGUCGGAAGCAUCAAAUACGAUGGCGCAAAGCCCGAGAAGAAGUGGCCAACGCUUAGCAGGAAGACGCAGCUCGUUCUGGAUGCAGUGAAGGCAUCAAUCGACAGAGGUUAUGAAACUGUUGAAAUCACGAGCUAGCUGCAUUUCAUUGCUUGUGUCGUCUUUAAUUUGCCCUUGUAUUUGUCGAGUGAACACGUUCUGCUACUUAAUUAUGCCCUUUGAAUGGUCUUUGCAGUAAAAUAACAAGUUCAGUGUGUAA